AUGGCCGCCCGUGAAAAGAUGCCCGCCUACGUCCUCGGCGUCGGCCUCACCGAGUUCAUCAAGCCGCGCGGUCUGCGCGACUACCCCGAGCUGGGCUACGAGGCCGGCAUCAAGGCCAUGCUCGACGCGCAAAUCAACUACGACGACGUCCAGACGGGCAUUGCCGGCUUCAAUUUCGGCGACUCCACCUGCGGCCAGCGCGUCUUUUACCAGUUUGGCAUGACGUCCAUCCCCAUCAUCAACACGGGCAACGCCUGCGCCACGGGUUCCGCGGGCCUCUACCUCGCCCGCACCAUGAUCCAGAGCGGCGCCCUCGACUGCGUCCUCGUCGUUGGCUUCGAGAAGAUGGAGCCGGGCCACAUCAAGGACAAGUGGACGGACCGCGCCAAGGCGACGGAGCUGAGCCGCAAGAUGAUGGAGGACAUGCACGGUCCGGCGCCUGGGCCGCCCAAUGCGCAGUACUUUGGCAAUGCGGGUAGAGAAUACAUGGAAAAAUACGGAGCCAAGGCAGAAGACUUUGCUGAAAUCGCCCGCAUCAGCCACAAGCACUCGCAGCGCAACCCCUACGCACAGUUCCGCCAGGAGUACUCCCUCCAGGAGGUCCUCGACUCGACCAUGAUCUACCCGCCGCUUACCAAGCUCCAGUGCAGCCCGACGAGCGACGGCGCGGGCGCCGCCGUCGUCGUCUCGCAGCGCUUCCUCGACGCGCGGCCGGCGCACCUCCGCGCGCAGGCCGUGCUCAUGGCCGGCCAACAGCUCACGACCGACUCGGCGAGCCUCUACUCGCGCAGCUCCAUCCAGCUCGUCGGCUACGACAUGACGCAGCGGGCCGUCGCGGCCGCCCUGCGCGAGGCCCAGACGUCACUCGACGACAUCAAGGUGUGCGAGCUGCACGACUGCUUCUCGGCCAACGAGCUCAUCCUGCUCGAGAGCAUCGGCUUUAGCGGCGUCGGCAAGGCCCACGAGAUGGUGCGCCGCGGCGACAUCACCUACGGCGGCCGCGUCGUUGUCAACCCCUCGGGCGGACUCAUCUCAAAGGGCCACCCGCUGGGCGCUACGGGCCUGGCGCAGUGCGCCGAGCUGGUCUGGCAGCUGCGCGGCUGGGCCAACAACCGCCUCGUCAAGGACAUUGACGUCGCGCUGCAGCACAACUUGGGCCUUGGUGGCGCUACCGUCGUGACGGUGUAUAAGCGCGCCGACGGCAGGAAGAAUGCUGAGGUGAGCAAUGAAGAAAUUGCCAAGAGCAGCUGGCUGGGAUACAACCCGGCCGUGGAGGCGCGGGGCUUCAGAGAGGCAGAUGCGGCCAAGGUGAGGAGUCGCACUGCGCGGAGCGAGUUUGCGCUGUCGGACACACAAAAGAAGAUUGAGGCGCGGCUGUAG